ACCAUAACAUGUAUGGAAGUUUAGAAUCAUUGAAGAUUGCCGCAGUUUCUUUAUACAUAUAUAUCGUACCCUAAAAAUUGCAUCUUACUUAAUUACAAGCAUACUCUUUUCAUGUUCGACUUCGAUAUUAAGAUUUCUCGGUCACACUUGCAACUUUACUGCUAACGGCACCGCUAAGUAGCGUGCACAGCUUAUUCGUGCUCACUUGCCGUUGUUGAGUAGAGUUCGUAGAUAAGAGAGGUUCUGAUGUGCUUUGUAAAAUGACUAUGUUAACAACCAGCAGGGACCGGUAACAGAGCUGGAUCUGCGCGAAUUUUCGCUAAACGAAUAUAAAACGAGCGGUCGCAAAUAUUUACCCAGUAUUCGAUCGUUUUCAGUGAACCGAGUGCGCAAAGCGAUUGCCAAUCGAGCGAAAUCAAUUUACUAUAAAAAUUUCUGUUGAAUAAAUAUACUUUAGGCAAACACGCAUAAGCAUAAUUAAGUUAAUUUGCUAAAUUAAAAGGACAUUCAAAAGCUUUUACGCUGCUAUCCACUUUAUUAAAAGGUUUUAAAGAUCAAAGUGUAUUCAAAUGCCGGUAUAGUCGUGGGUGCGUUCGCGCAUAAAUUUGUGUGCCAGACAAAAGUAUCGACUUGUGCGAAUGCUAAUCGUUUGAAUUUAAAAUAAACAAACAAAAAUCUUAAGAAAUUAAAUUUUCGAAAUUUUUUCGUUUCCAUUAACGUUGAUGUGUGUGCUACAGUGAUUUAGUGUUUUGGCUCUUUGACGCAUCAGCACAUAUUGGAAUCACCAAAAGUCAGCGAUAACGCGAGAAAAACAAAUAAGAAAAACGUAAGCAAAACAAAUCGUGCUGACAUCGAAUUUGAAUAAAGCACAGCCGCAGAAUAAAAAAAUCAACACAAUAAAAUGGAAAUACAAAAUUUGCACGAGCCAACAAUGUUGGGAAAGAAACGGGAUUUUGCGAAAAAAGACGCGAUUAUCCUUGACGCGCGGUACACGUUGUCUGAUCUUUACCCAAUACGAAGGCUAACGCAAAAGAUGGAUAAUGUACUGAAUGUAGCCGGUGUAACACAGACCAAGCCUCCAGCUUCGACUCCAUACACAGUGGAGCUAAUUACCGAUAAGGAUAAAGAGGCGGUGCUGGCGAUGCUUCGGAGAUUUUUCUUCAAGGAUGAACCACUUAAUAAAUUUCUGGAUUUGGGUGAAUGUAAGGAGCUGGAAGAAUACACACUCAAAUGUGUUAAAGAUAACUGUUCCUUCAAAGCGGUGCACAACAACGGUGAUUUGAUUGGCAUUUUUCUUAAUGGACUUUUGAAAAGACCACCGCCAUCAGCAAAACCUUCUGAGAAAGCGGCCGAUUCAUGCCAGCACGAGAAAUUUAAGAAGAUACUGGCUCUUUUUGAUAGAAUUGAAGAGAACUUUAACGUUUUCGAUUUGUACCCGGACAUCGACGUUAUAGUCGACGGUAAAAUACUUUCAGUCAAUACCGAAUAUCGUGGCCUCGGCAUCGCUGGUUGCCUGACUGAGCGUACACUGGAAUACAUGAAGGAUCAUAAUAUUCCGGUCAUGCAAGUACUAUGUUCCAGCCACUAUUCGGCUCGUGUUAUGGAGAAACUUGGCUUCCAUGAAGUAUACAAACUCAAUUAUUCCGACUACAAAGUCAAUGACGAAGUGGUGUUCACACCAGCAGAGCCCCACGUGGCCGCUCGUAUUUUGGUCAAAGAGAUUGCAGAUGUCAAUAGAAAAAGCACAAUAUAAGUAUUUCCAGAGUGUUUGAGCAGUGUGGCCACUUUACUAUGUCAAUUGGUUGUAAACAAAUUUUAAAUGUGAAGAAUAAAUGUUAUUUAGUAUUAAUAUUAACCACUUGGUGAGGGUGUAAUUCAAUUAAAAAAGUACAAUAAAUAAAUGUUACUAACCACACAUACAUACAUACUGAUGAUAAUGUACAUCAAUAUCCUUGACUUUUCAAUCUCAUAAUAAAUGUACCUAAAGCCGUUCCGUUAAAUAUUUUAAAGCCAAGAUUUAGUACCUUAAGGCAUGUUUAUAAUUAAUUAAUUAUAAUUUUUUUUAGUUUUUAAGACGUUGAACUUAUAUUUGUACAUAUGUGUGUGCUUACAUUAUUAAAUUCUCAUUUAGAUAUUUUUGAAGUAUUUACUGAGUACAUUUGAUUCCUGAUGAAUUUACAACAUCGUGUGUUUACACCCAAUUAAAUUGAAAUUGUUUAUUUGA